GCCCGCUGCGGAGUGUCGGUGAAGUCAGCGCCGAGUCCCAGAAAAACAGAGCGGGGCCAACUGCAGCGUGUAGUGCGAGUGGGGCAGGACGCGCGCUGCCCGCCCGCCCGCCUGGCGACCCGCAAGGAAUUGGCAUUUUCGGAAGAGUUUAUGAGACCCUCUCUCUGCCCAGAGCUCCUGGACCAAUGCAUCUUUCCAUCACAUCAAACCACUGAGCCGUGCAGAGCCCCAGUUGCAGACUUGUCCUGUCACCACCAUGAGUUCUGAAUGUGACGUUGGCGCCUCUAAAGCUGUGGUGAACGGGUUGGCACCAGGCAGCAAUGGGCAGGACAGAGAUAUGGAUCCUACAAAAGUCUGCACUGGGAAGGGAGCUGUGACUCUCCGGGCCUCAUCCUCCUACAGGGACACCCCAAGCAGUAGCCCUGUGAGCCCUCAGGAAGCCCCACAACAGGAAAGUAAACCAGUUCUGGAGUCAGAGAGUCCCUCGGCAGAUGAGUGGAGGCCUUCUUCCAAUGCCGAUGCCAACGGAAACGCCCAGCCCUCUUCACUCGCUGCCAAGGGCUACAGAAGUGUGCAUCCCAACCUUCCUUCUGACAAGCCCCAGGUUCUCUCUCCCCCACGCCCGCCUCUCCCUAAAGAGGGCCGCUUUGCAUGGCAGCGCCCUGCCCUCCACGGUACCUACAAGGACUCGCUCUACCGGAGCUCACCAAAGCCUUAUGUCCCACCUAGCACCCCCAGCCAGCAGAACCCUGCACCCCCGCAGCCUGUCUCUGUGGCCCUGGCAGCCAGAUCAGCUCCCAAAGGUGUGGUGUGCCCUGGGCCCUCACUCCCGGGUCCUGCAUUCCCCAGUGCUUCAUCCCGAACCCAGCAGCACCACCGUGCAGCCGCCGGGACAGUUUACAGUGGGAAUGUGAGCUCUAACCCACGUCAUCAGGCAGUUGGGAAUAAAAAGGUCAGCAGCUUAUAUGUACCAUGUUUAUCCAGUAACAUUUGCCCGGUGGCAUCGGAAAGCCUCUCUCGUGUUGCACGUGACCCAGCCACAGGCACUCGAGCACCGGCUCCCAGCAUUGUCUCCUGCACAGCCGGCACGGGGAAGCCACCCUCCGCUCCUCCUCACCCUCCCAAGCUAUUCUUUGACCCCCGUAAAGAUGCUGUUAACUCUGGCAAGAGUCCUUCCCUGGGGACUCGGCCUUCAUUCCCAGACGCAGUGGGACCACCUGUGCUAGGCCCCCAGGGUACCUCUGAUCCCGAAAACCGGAGGAGAAAAGAACCUUACCUUUUGCAGCCGUGUUAUCCAGCCAAGGAUGCCACUUCCUCCAGCCCAGCCCAGCCUGAGGUUAUAGUUGUCCCUCUCUACCUGGUUAAUACCGACAGAGGGCAAGAAGGCACUGCCAGACCUCCAGCAUCUCUGGGGCCACUGGGCCCCCCAGUCCCGGCCACCGCCCCUGCCGGCUCACCUCUGACCUUCCCGACUCUAGAUGAUUUCAUUCCCCCUCAUCUGCAGAGGCGGCCCCACCACAGCCCGCCGGCCAGCGUUCCUGGCCCCCACCCCCCCGUUAGCCAGACACCACCAUCCUUCUCACCACCACCUCCGCUGGUCCCCCCGGUUCCGGAGGGCCUGCACCGAGUCUCGGAGCCUGACCUCACGGGAGCUGUUUCAAGUACCGAUCCCAGCCCCCUGCUAGAUGAAGUUUCUCCAUCCCGGGCCGGCACCGACUCCCACACCUUCGCACCAGUCAGCAAGCCGUCCUCUGCCUACCCCUCCACGACAAUUGUCAAUCCCACGAUCGUGCUCUUGCAGCACAACCGAGAACAGCAGAAACGACUCAGUAGCCUUUCAGAUCCUGCAUCUGAAAGGAGAGUGGGAGAACGGGACUCGGCACCGGCCCAGGAAAAACCCACCUCCGCUGGCAGGACUACUGAGAAAAAGGCCAAGGAUGACAGCAGACGGGUGGUUAAGAGCGCUCAGGACCUAAGCGAUGUGUCCAUGGACGAAGUGGGCAUCCCACUCCGGAACACCGAGAGAUCGAAAGACUGGUACAAGACCAUGUUUAAACAGAUCCACAAACUAAACAGAGACACUCCUGAAGAAAACCCUUAUUUCCCUACGUACAAAUUCCCUGAACUUCCUGAAAGCCAGCAAAAUUCUGAAGAGGACAAUCCUUACACUCCCACCUACCAGUUUCCUGCAUCUACUCCUAGUCCUAAAUCGGAAGAUGAUGAUUCAGAUCUGUACUCUCCUCGCUACUCCUUUUCUGAAGACACCAAAUCUCCCCUUUCUGUGCCUCGCUCAAAAAGUGAGAUGAACUACAUCGAUGGUGAGAAGGUAGUUAAGAGGUCAGCCACACUUCCCCUCCCGGCCCGCUCUUCCUCACUCAAAUCAAGCCCAGAAAGAAACGACUGGGAGCCCCCAGAUAAGAAAGUGGAUACAAGAAAAUACCGUGCAGAGCCCAAAAGCAUUUACGAGUAUCAGCCGGGCAAGUCCUCCGUUCUGACCAACGAAAAGAUGAGUCGGGAUAUAAGCCCAGAAGAGAUAGAUUUAAAGAAUGAACCUUGGUAUAAAUUCUUUUCGGAAUUGGAGUUUGGGAAACCGCCUCCCAAAAAGAUAUGGGAUUAUACUCCUGGAGACUGCUCUAUCCUUCCUAGAGAGGAUAGAAAGACUAACCUAGAAAAAGAUCUCAACCUCUGCCAAACAGAGUUAGAGGCAGAUUUAGAAAAAAUGGAGAUGCUUAAUAAAGCACCCAGUGCAAACCUGUCACAGAGCUCAGCAGUCAGCCCCACUCCGGAAAUUUCUUCAGAGCCUCCUGGAUAUAUAUAUUCUUCCAACUUCCACGCAGUGAAGAGGGAAUCAGAUGGGGCUCCUGGGGACCUCGGUAGCUUGGAGAACGAGAGGCAGAUUUAUAAAAGCGUCUUGGAAGGUGGAGACAUCCCUCUCCAGGGCCUCAGUGGGCUCAAGCGACCCUCCAGCUCGGCCUCCACCAAAGAUUCAGAAUCACCAAGACAUUUUAUACCCGCUGAUUACUUGGAAUCCACAGAAGAAUUCAUUCGAAGACGUCAUGAUGAUAAAGAGAAACUUUUAGCGGACCAGAGACGACUUAAGCGUGAGCAAGAAGAGGCCGAUAUUGCAGCUCGGCGCCACACGGGUGUCAUUCCAACGCACCACCAGUUUAUCACUAAUGAGCGCUUUGGGGACCUCCUCAAUAUAGACGAUACGGCAAAAAGGAAAUCUGGGUCAGAGAUGAGACCUGCCAGAGCCAAAUUUGACUUUAAAGCUCAGACACUAAAGGAGCUUCCUCUGCAAAAGGGAGACAUUGUUUACAUUUAUAAGCAGAUUGAUCAGAACUGGUACGAAGGAGAGCACCAUGGCCGGGUGGGCAUCUUCCCGCGCACCUACAUCGAGCUUCUUCCUCCUGCGGAGAAGGCUCAGCCCAAAAAGUUGCCACCGGUGCAGAUUUUGGAGUAUGGAGAAGCUAUUGCUAAGUUUAACUUUAAUGGUGAUACACAAGUAGAAAUGUCCUUCAGAAAGGGUGAGAGGAUCACGCUGCUUCGACAGGUGGAUGAGAACUGGUACGAAGGGAGGAUCCCAGGAACAUCUCGGCAAGGCAUCUUCCCCAUCACCUAUGUGGAUGUGAUCAAAAGGCCACUGGUGAAAAACCCGGUGGAUUACAUCGACCUGCCUUACUCCUCCUCCCCAAGUCGUAGCACCACCGCGAGCCCACAGUUUCCCAGUCACAGCAAGCUCAUCAUACCAGCCCCCUCAUCUCUGCCUCACUCCCACCGAGCUCUGUCCCCUGAGAUGCAAGCUGUCACCUCUGAGUGGAUCUCGCUGACUGUGGGGGUCCCAGGCAGGCGGUCCCUGGCUCUGACGCCGCCUCUGCCGCCUCUGCCGGAGGCUUCUGUCUAUCACACUGACCACCUUGCCUCGUUGGCAAGGCCUAGUCCCUCCCUGUCCUUCAGCCUCCCCCUUUCGAGCUGGUCAGAUCGUCCCACCCCACGCUCGAUGGUUUCCCCACUGGCCCUUCCUGCCCCCCACAAAGCCUAUUCCAUGGCACCAGGUGGCCAGGCCUCCCUUCACAUCAACGGUGACAGUGGCAUCCACGUGCCACCUUCAGGUUUCCAGCAGGACAGCUACUCCCAGCCGCUGCUUGGGAGCUCUGAUAGUGUCAUCUCGGAGCUUAGCAAUGCCUUUAACAGCCAGGGUAAGCGGCAGCCGUGGCGAGAAGAAAGCAGACAGUAUGAGAGGAAAGCAGAGAAGGAGGCAGGUGAGAGGUACCCUGGUGGACCCAAGAUCUCUAAGAAGAGCUGCUUGAAACCGUCAGACGUGGUCAGGUGCCUGAGCACCGAACAGAGACUCUCAGACCUCCACAGCCCAGAGGAGAGCCAGCCCAGCAAGCCCCUGGGUAGCCCUUUUCCGGGAAGGGAGGCUGAGCAGACAGAGCCGCGUACAGGUGGCGAGCAGGCUGAGCGGAAGGCUGCUCGGACUGGUGUGAGCCAGCCUUCUCAUCAUUCAUUGAGAGCAGGACCUGAUCUCACAGAAUCUGAAAAGAGCUAUGUGGAAGCGGUUUGCAAUGAGAUCAUAAACAUUGCCGAAAAAUCUGUUCAUUACUGCAGCACUGUUUCUCAUCCCCUUGACUUUCAUCACAAGGUAUCCCCUUCUGACAAUAAAUCAUCUUUAAUCAUUUCUCAGCAACCUCAAGCCCAGCAGCGAAGAGUCACUCCAGACAGGAGUCAAGCCUCACAAGAUUUAUUUAGCUACCAAGCAUUAUAUAGCUAUAUACCACAGAACGAUGAUGAGUUGGAACUCCGAGAUGGAGAUAUUGUUGAUGUCAUGGAAAAAUGUGACGACGGGUGGUUUGUUGGUACUUCAAGAAGGACAAGACAGUUUGGUACUUUUCCAGGCAACUAUGUAAAGCCUUUGUAUCUAUAAGAAGACUGAAAACCACAGAGAUGAUUUUUAUUGGAGGAUGAAGCAUAAUUCAUGAACCAGUCUCUUUAUUUAAAAGUUGAGUCAGUAGGAAAAGUAAUGCAGUGGAUAAAAGUAAGAAGCAAAAGAGAGGGACAGAGAAGUGUGUUGUGUUUGAAACUGGAGCCUGUCUAAGCUUACUGUGUAUCAGACAGGCCUGAACCAUGUGCUGAGCAGAAAGGAAUGAGGCAAAUCUGUAUUUACUUAGCUGCUCUGGGAGCCACUCCAGCCCUCCCCUCCUCUCCCCAUCUUAGGUAAUCUGACCUGUAGCCCAGCCCAGGAGCGGGUAGGCCAGAAAUGCCUCCGGCUGCUGCACCUUUGACCAGCUCCAUCUCUAAAGGGUCUCGGCGCUUAGCCCGAAUCAGCCCUCAGAGUGCCAGGCAGCUUCCCAGCCAUUCUCCAAAGGCUCCACACACAGACUCCAGUCCCACUCCUCACCACUCAGAGCCCCCUGGUCCCCCAACACUGCUGGAGAUCUGUCUAGGCUGCUGACACCCCCAAACUCCCGAAGGCCGAGACCCUCACUGGACCUGCUGAAGUUUCUGGAGCAAUGGAGGCACAACUUAGGCACCCUGUGCGUCCAACCUGCAUGUGGCAUUGCCAUUGACACCCCUGGUGUUCAGACAGAAACACACACAAGGUUUGCCUGUGGGAGCUGGUGACCAGGCAGAUAGUUAAAUGUCUAUAUUGGAGUGACUUCAGUCAAGAAACCCUGUUAGCUUUUGAGGUCACAGGCAGUGUGUUCCUUUCCCAUAGUGCUGGCAUUCACAGAUGGUCACUUUCAGGGCAGCGGUUUCAUUUAUCAAUGCCAUUGCUAACCUCUCUUUUUUGGAUUGUUUUUGGCCAAGCAGUUUGAGGUUGAUAGGCCUGUUCUCAGACAACCAAGGAUGGCAGUGUUCAGUGACUCAUUUAACAACACACACUGAUGCAUGCUGGAUGCCGGGGCUGCCAAUGAGCAAGGCGUGCUCUGAGCCGAGAAGAGACUCACCGUGUCUCAUUUGUACUCCCGUAGGAGUUCAAGGGCCACUCAAAACGUGCUCAGUCACCCAGGGUUAUGAGGCUUCUCUUCAGAGAGGUGCAGAUGCAGUGGCCCCAGGCGUGAGGAAGCAAUUCUGCCACUCCGGGAGGUCAGGUCUAUGCCAGGGCCCCUGCGACACCAGGCGUGUUCAGUCACAACUCUACCUAGUUCAGGAAUGUUUAUUGGCUUCUCUGUUAGACCCCUUGGAGAAUGAAAGAUGGAAAUGGCCCAUUCCCUGCCUGUUGGAAACUCACAGGUGACCAGGGAGACAGAUACACAAAAAACCAAGAGAGAUUGUGAUAUGUGCUGAGAAGGAUGGGAGAGAGGAAGAGGUAAACUUUCCCUGGAGGGAUCCUAGAAAGCAUUAUCACAUUUCUGUCUCCAUUAGCUCACUGUUGAAUACGUAGGAUGCCGGAAGGACCUUUGCCCAAGGGUACUUUAUGGCUGAAAAUACUUGGAAUUGUUUCCACACUCUUUACACUCUCACUCUCCCCACAAACACAUCCACAGUCACAAAUAGGAAUAGCAAUUCCAAGUGCUAGGGUGUGUAUAGGAAUCCUGCCUCUUGGCAUAUAGCUCAGAAUUGCCGUCGGACUGUUGUCCCAGAGUCUGGGGUCUCUACUACGCAAAGUCUGUCUUCAGUGUCCCUGCCUCAACUUCUGUCUCCAUUACUCAUUUUAGGAUCCCUUCAGCUGCCCACCCCCAUCAGACAGCCACAGUACCCUCACUUCUCUCCCUGUCCUCUUUGUAAAUCUUGCUCGCUGACUUUCUUCACACUAAAGUGUAAAUGGCUGAUAUGAGGAAUGUGUUACCUAUUCCCAGUAACUACAGCAGAGCCUUAAUCCCAAAGGAAAAGAUUGUAGAACUAAUGUUGGGGGUGCAGGUAGGUGGAGGAGCUUCCUGGAUAGAAAUUCCUUAAAUAAGACUCAUUGCUUUGGAAGGUCCACUCCACCUUCCCAGGACACUGUGUUUUUGACUCAGAGAGAAUAUAGUACAAGUGUGUAUGCACGUGCAUUUGCACAGCAGCAUUUCACCCAUUUUGAAAUGUAAUUCUUGUAUUGGCUGAUGUGUUUCCUGGUCUUUCUUAGAUGCAAACCAUUAAUAACAUGAUUUUAUCUAAUAGGUUUUUGAGGGGUGCUUCCUGAUUAAGUAGGUAAUUUUGAACACCUCUUUAAAUACAGCUAGAAAAUAAAACCAAUUUGUAAAGCCACAUUUGCAUAUGACGCCAGCCUCACGCAUUUGUAUAUCUCCAGAAACUCAGAUAUGCCUCACUAAUUUGCCAGUCUUUAAUAAAAUCAUAUGUUAAAAUUUGCAUCAAACUUCAGCUUCCUAUGUGUGACAAAACAAGGAACAGAGGUUUCCAAUGGCUCUUUUGUCUUCAGACAUUUAGUAAUAUAAAAUACCUAUUUUUAUGCUGAUAUGUUUAUACAGGUUUAUUAAUAGCAAGUGCAACUAACUGGCGGCAUGCCUUGCUAACAGUUUUGAUAUAUUAGCCACGCUUCUGGGUAAAGGCAAGCCCCAAACUACUUCUCUUUUGCAGUCUCUCCGGGAUCAGUAAAGGAAGAAAAUCAUAUGCUUAAGUGGGACUGUAAAUAUGUAUAUUUAACUUUGUAUAGCCCAUGUACCUACUUUGUAUAGAAAAAUAAUUUUAAAAAUUUGAACUGAAGCGGGGUAAAAUAAGGAAGUCAUGGAGUUUUUUGCAUUUUUAUUUAAAUGAAGGAAUUACAAAUAACUCACCGGCAGAUUUUUAGCACAAAUAUAGCCAUUGUAAAGUGUUGAAAUUUUAAGUAAAUAAUCAUUAUUUCCGGAAGAGAAGGUAACUUCAAUCCCAGUUUCUUUCUUUUUUCUUCUUCUUUUUUUUUUUUUUUUUUGGUUUGGAAUUUUUUGUUUUGGGGGUUCUUGGUUUGUUUGUGGGUUUUUUUGGCAGUUCUAUUUCUCUGAAGUAGUAUUAAGUCCUAUUUCUAGAACAGGUUACUACAAAAAAGAUUACAUUCUGAAAGAAAAAUACCUGACAUUAUAUAUAACCAAUUAAUUUAAAGUUUUGCCAUUUAAAUUACACCCCAGGAGCAUGUACCAUGCAGACACAGGUUUUUCUGUUCAUUUACUUUUCUUUAUUGCAGUGGAUUGAUUUGAUAAAUAGAAGUGUUGAAUUACUACAUUUGCUGUACAUAUUAUUUAAUAAACUUUAUUCAGAAUCA